AUGCAACACGUCGAUAGUAUUCGCCAAUGGCCGCGUUUGAGAUACUGGACACCUGCUACAACUUCACUGGGUAUAGCAGAAUUAGAGUGCCUGCGGUACGCUCUGCAGUUCAGUGCUGGUGUCACGUUUAACGUCGAUGCCUCGGGUAUCCUCCUUUUCGCGAGCCCCUCGCAGGGUUGCCUCGCAUUCGCCAGCGUCGAUGAGGAUGGGCUUUCCAUAGUUGGGAACAUGCAGCAGAGGACGUUCGACGUGGUUUAUGACGUUGCCAGGGAAAUGAUUGGGUUUGAUGAGCUAUUGCAUGCUAAUCAUCGGUUACAUGUACUUCAAAUUAUAAGAUGCCUGCUUAGUAUUGAACCUUCUGGCGUUUCUGCACAAACUCUUGCAGCAUCCUCUGGUAAUAAGCUGACGGUCGUUCACCGGCACGGCCCCUGCUCGCCCAUCAUCAACACCAGGCAAAAGCUGAACCACAGGCAGAUCCUCCACCGUGACCAAGCCCGGGUCAUUUCCCUCCACAACCGGAUAUCCGCUGCUUCCAGGAAGGAUAAAUCGACCGGCAUCACGGUGCCCGACCAUGUCGGCAUCUCGUUCAGCACCUCAGACUACAUCGUGACGGUGGGCUUCGGCACUCCCAAAAAGAGUUUCUCGGUGAUCUUCGACACCGGCAGCGACAUCUCGUGGAUCCAAUGCAGGCCAUGCGCCGGCGGGUGCUACUCCCAGAAUGAGACGCUCUUCGACCCAUCCCAAUCGUCUACCUAUGCCAAUAUAUCAUGCAGCUCAGCCGUCUGCCUCUCAUUCGGCUCAGCUUGCGAUGCAUCAUCGACUUGCAUCUACGCUGUCCGAUACGGUGACAAUUCCUCCACUGUUGGCUUCCUUGCGCAGGAGACCCUCACCUUGACGCCCUCUAACGUGCUGACAAACUUCGAAUUCGGGUGCGGGGAGAAGAACAAAGGCCUCUUCGGUAGCGUCGCCGGGCUGGUAGGCCUCGGCCGUGGCGAGGUGUCAUUGGCAUCGCAAGCAGCACAGGAAUAUGGCGGAGUCUUCUCCUACUGCCUCCCGCCGAGGGUCAGCUCGACCGGGUAUCUGACACUGGGAGCCAGCGGGCCGGCCCCCAACGUCAGAUUUACGCCGAUGCUCACCAAUCCGGCGAAACCCUCCUUCUACUAUGUUGAGCUAAUAGGACUAAGUGUUGGAGGAAAGAAUUUACCGAUACCGCCGAGCACCUUCACAGAUACCGGAACUAUCAUCGACUCCGGCACGGUGAUCACCUACCUUCCAUCGUCGGGCUACUCUGCACUUCGUGAUGAAUUCAGGCGGCAGAUGGCAAACUAUUCCAUGGCGCCUCCACUGCCAAUGUUGGAUACUUGCUAUAAUUUUACUGGGGUUGGUUCGAUAUCGUUGCCUUCGGUUGGUCUAAGAUUUAGCGGCGGAGUGACGCUCGAUGUCGAUCCUUCGGGCAUACUUUAUCCUGCGAGCAUCUCGCAAGCAUGUCUAGCGUUUUCUGGAAACAGCGAUCCGAGCUCGAUCUCCAUCAUUGGCAACACGGUGCAGCGGACGUACGACAUUGUUUAUGAUGUUGCCAGGGGAAUGAUUGGGUUCGGAGCCGGAGGCUGCAGCUGA